ACGAGAACUGGUGACGACCGACGAGGGCUGAAGUGGCUACUAAUAACUUCUGAAAUAAUAAUAUACUAACCAUUUCAAGUUAAGUGUAAAAACGUUUGCGUAAAUAUUAAAUGCGCCUCUAUGUGACCGAGGUAGGUGGGUGUCACUUAGUGUAGACCAGUCUACAAGUAGUAAAAAAACAGCUGUAGCCUACUCACGCUAUCUUAGGUUUCAAGGAACAACCCUUUUCCGCAAUGGUGUCGCUGAUAUGUACUUUACAAGAUCACCGAGAUGAUGUGAACUGGUGCGUCUUUUCCGCCAAAUUGCUGGCUACUUGUUCAGCAGACAAGACCGUUCGUGUUUACUACACUAAAGACUUCAGCGAGCUCCCCUUCUCUCCUCUUUCGGGCCAUGGCUAUCCGGUGCACUGUUGUUCCUUCAGUCCCUGUGGACAGUAUCUGGCUUCCUGCUCUACAGACGCUACAACGGUGGUCUGGCAGAUGGACAGCGGCGAAAUAGAGGCCGUUUUGGAACAUCCCGGUAGAAGCCCGGUCCGAGUGUGCGCCUUCUCGCCCGACUCGGUGCACCUGGUGUCCGGAGCUUCCGAUGGCACGCUGGCGCUGUGGGAUUUCACGUCUAGAUCAAUACUGAGGACGGGUGGAGUGGCUGACACCACUAUGGUCGCCUGCUCCUUCAGCCCGUGUGGUCAGCUGUUUGUCAGCGGCUCCAUGUAUGGAGACCUUAGAGUGUGGAACCUGGAGCUGAAGCAGCUCUAUGCUGAGAAGAGUGCUCAUGACCUUGGUGUCACCUGCUGCCAGUUUGCCCCGCAGAUGCAGAAAGGGACCGGUGGUAAUGUGGUCCAGUUCCGCAUGGCCUCCUGUGGGCAGGACAGCCUGCUGAAGGUCUGGAACAUCUCUUACACUCCACACGCAGGCUGUAAGAUGCAGCUGCUGCACACUCUCACUGGUCAGACAGCUCCCGUGCUCUCCUGCAGUUUCUCAGCAGACGGACAGAUGCUAGUGUCUGGGUCGGUUGAUAAGACUGUCACGGUGUAUGAGGCUAGUCAGGGCACCCUACUGUAUACUCUGAGCCAGCAUGAGAGGUACGUGACGGCAUGUGCAUUCUCCCCCAUGGCACCGCUCAUCGCCACUGGCUCCAUGGACAAGAGUGUCAACGUGUGGAGAGUAGAGGAUGGCUGCAGCACGCAUGAAGGCAAAUUCCUCCCUGGUGAAGAAGCUGCUUCCUCUUGUGAAGGUGGAAAAAUGGGAGGCCACUCCAGGCUGAUGCCGAGCGAUUGGUCAGAAGAUGACGUGUCAUCGUGGUUGCGGCAGGAGGGUCUUGAAGCCCUAGUGGACGUGUUUAAGGCCAAUAACAUUGACGGGUCAGAACUUCUCGCCCUCAACAAAGACGCACUUGCCACAGACAUGAAAGUAGAGUCGAUGGGUCUCAGAAGCAAAAUCAUUCGAAAGAUCGAGGAGCUGAAGAUGGAGUCCAUGUGCACAGGGGUCCCAGACGAGUACCUUUGUCCAAUCACACGCGAGCUCAUGAAAGACCCCGUCAUUGCUGCAGAUGGCUACUCGUACGAGCAUGAGGCCAUUGAAAGCUGGAUCCGCACCAAGAACCGGAGCAGCCCCAUGACCAACCUGCCUUUGCAGACCACGCUGCUCACACCCAACCACACCCUCAAGAUGGCCAUUUCCCGUUGGAGGACCAGCCACUGAGGGAUGCUGGGAUUUCACUGCCGUUCACCCCACGUUGGCCAGACUUAACUUCGAGACUGGGGAGCUGCAUGGCUGCAGGCUUUUAGUGGUCUGUCAAGGUUGUUUGCCAUGCUAUGCAACUCAAAGGGAACAGGGUUGACACGUAUUAAACACCUCCAGUAGAGCAUAUGUAGGGUUCGCCUGGAAGCCAGACCCAAAUUUUCCAGAGCGGGAAAUUUGGUCUGGAGUCGUUCCAAUGAUAAAUCUAUAUGCCUAAUUAAUAUAUUAAGAUAUAGGCCAAUAAAAUAGUUUGGUCUGGCUUUAUAUGAUUAUGGACACAUGAGCAACAGAGAAUCAGUCAUCCACAUCACCUGAGCAUGCUAGAGUAGAUUUUGAUUACGCUGUGGAAUGUUGAUAAGUCGCAGCUGAGCGGUUGUCAAGCAACGUCAUAAUAAUUUUAUAGGUGUAGUAUAUCACUUUUUAAACGACACCCUUUUCAACCUAGACCAUGGUAUAACCUAAAUAUCACCUUAUGUCUAUGUGCCAUGUAUUUGAUGUAAUGACAUUUGUUAAAAACAUAUAUUUCAUUAACAUUUACUCAAUGGCUUGCAUUUUGUAUUAAUGAAGGUUGAGAAAUGUGUCAUUUUCAAUUUGUCUGCCUUACGAAGCGUAAAUCUACUGAUUGCUGUUGUACUUGAUCCACUUUCCUGCACACGACUUGAGCAUAUUACCAAAUCAAAUGUGAGAAAGCAACUCUAAUAUUUGAAUUUGCAUGUAAAUAUACAGUUCCUGUCAACUGUCACCCUGUGAGCCUUUCUAGCUAUGUGAUAUUAAAAAAUAACAUACUGGAAAUAUUUCCAUGUCAGCCAAAUGCUUCCCAGUAAUAUGACCCCUGGAAAAUAAUUUUCAAUUAGUCCUGAAUUAAAACUUUAAAUACUGGAUGUAAAUCUCUGGGCUUUGGUUCGGGGCAGGAUGUGUAUAGGCUUGGACAUCUUCCCUUUAUAUUUGUUGCGCCAGCUCGCCAUAACUCUGCAAAAAUACUACACCUAUGAACAUCUAAUGGCAAAAAAUCAACAAUAGAAAAUAAAAAGAGACAUGAUGUGACAGGA